AUGCCCCCGUUCAUACCAACGAAACGGUCGAUAUCUCCUCCAAAUCGACCCUCGCCGCCCGCGAAACGGCCCGCAACCAAGAAACAGGUCGUACAGAUUUUAGAAAGCUCAGAUUCAUCGCUCAGCGAUGUAUCAAGCGAUGAAGAACGGUCGGAUGUUAAGAAACCGCUGAUCAAGUCAAAAGGAAAGGAAGACAAUGUUGACAGCGUAGAGAACGACGACCAUGAUGAGGAGAGUGUGGAUUGGGAAGAUGCGAUGGAUACAACUACCCCCAGUGCUUAUGCUUCUCAUGCCACACCCGCUCAAGAUGUUGAAAUUAGAGAUCUUGAGUUAACGUUGGAUCCGAUGGCGAAUGUGCGGGUUACUAGCUUGCUCGAUACGAAGAAGGGCCCGUCUCAGAUUGAACGAGCGAUUCGACUGAAUACUCAUAAGGCGCAUGUACAGUGCUUGCUCUUUCACAAUGCUAUUCGGAAUGCUUGGUUGAACGACAAGAAGGUCCAUGAUAUACUACGAGGGCAGCUACCUGCCGGUAUUCAAAAGGAGGUUCAAAGAUGGCGAGUCGCGUCUGCAUUGGAUCCUCCUCCACCGCCUCCACCGCAAAAGAAUGUCGAUACAAAAACGAAGGCUGAUAAAAAGAAAGGCUCAAAGAAGAAACAAGCUGCAGAUACUCGUAACUGGGGAGAAGAGGCAAAGCGAUUAGAACCAGGUCAGCCAGACAUGAGUCACGGUGAUCCUAUACUACAACUGUUACGGGUCUUAGCGGCUUAUUGGAAGAGGAAUUUUAAAGUAACAGCUCCUGGCCUCCGGAAACAUGGAUAUUGUUCUGCGGUGAAACUGGAAGCUAUCGUGUCAUCUUUUAAGAAUGGAGAUCACAACCCACUUGUACACGGCGAGCGUAUAUCCGACCGACACGAAUUUCGUAUACUUGCCGAGAAACGACAAGGCUCGCGUGAUGUUGGAGCCCAGCUUUUCACAGCGCUUCUUCGAUCAUUAGGAAUUGAGGCUCGCCUAGUCUCAAAUCUGCAGCCGCUCGGGUUCGGAUGGACUAAAGCUGAAGUUGACACUUCGGAGCCUGUACAGUCGUCAGAAAACGCCAAGAAUGCCGUCGCUGAGAGUAGUAGCGAUGAAGAAAUUGGAGCAGACGAAGAAGGUGACGCAGAAGGAAAGUCUGCUAAAGCUAGGCAGUUGGACCGCGAUCUGCCAUUCCCCGUUUACUGGACUGAAGUAGUGUCGCCCAUCACACAUGAAGUCAUUCCAGUCGACCCGUUGAUAUUAAGCAACCCAGUAGCUGCCACCCCUGAAAUGGUGGCUGCUUUUGAACCCCGAGGAGGGCGUGCCGAUAAAGCAAAACAAGUGAUAGCUUAUGUAGUUGCACAUUCUUCAGACGCCACUGCCAAGGAUGUUACCACACGCUAUCUACGGCGUCAAACAUGGCCAGGAAGGACAAAAGGAUACCGACUGCCAAUGGAGAAGUUGACUAUCAAGCCUUUUAGGAGAGGUCCCACGUAUACAAUCGACUACAAUUGGUUUCGGGAAACAAUGAGAGGUUACAUUCGUGCUGACAAUCAACGGACAGCUGCCGAUGAUAUUGAAGAUGCGAAGGACCUUGUUGCCAAUCAGCCCGAAAAGAAAAUUGUCAAGAAGGAAACAGAUACCCUACAGAGUUUGAAAGCAUCCACCGAAUUUGUUCUGGAACGUUUUCUUCGCCGGGAAGAAGCACUGCGACCUGGUGCCAAAGUUGUACGAAAAUUUGUUACCGGAAAGGGCGACAAAGUCAAAGAGGAGAAUGUUUAUCGUCGUGCGGAUGUUUUGAGAUGCCUGUCCGCCGAAAGCUGGCACAAGGAAGGUCGUCGACCGAAAAUAGGGGAAGCGCCCUUGAAGCGGGUACCUAUAAGAGCAGUUACCCUCAUGCGGAAGAGAGAAGUAGAAGAACUUGAGCGACAAACGGGAGAGAAGCCUCUACAAGGUUUAUAUGCUAGUUACCAGACAGAAUCUAUUAUACCGCCUCCCAUCGAAAACGGCAUCAUCCCGAAGAACGAAUAUGGAAAUAUUGACUGCUUUGUUCCUACCAUGGUUCCUCGAGGGGCAAUUCAUAUCCCCUGGGGUGGAACCGUGCGAAUCUGCAAGAAGCUUGGUAUCGAUUAUGCCGAGGCUGUUACGGGAUUUGAAUUCGGAAGCAAAAUGGCCGUGCCUGUUAUUGAGGGUGUUGUUGUUGCGGAGGAGAAUGCAGACUUGGUACGGGACGCUUGGCGCGCAGAUCAAGAGGUACGCCGCGAGAAGGAGAGGCUCGCACAUGAGAAGCGAAUUUUGCAGACUUGGAGAAAGUUCGUUAUGGGAUUACGCAUCAUGGAGCGUGUUCGCGCCGAAUACGGUGAAGAUGGCGAUGCCGAACUUGAUAACCCGUUCCAACGAAGACGGCCGACUGGAAAAUCUGCGGAUACGGUACAGAAGCCGCCUGACGUUGAACGGCAUGAACAUGACUACGAAGAAGAUGAGGAUCAUUAUGAAGAUGCGAAUGCUGACCUCGGCGGAGGCUUUCUAUUGCCUGAUCACGACGAUGGUACGAAUGAUUUUGUCGUCGAACAUGGUGAUGGACCUCAGCGCCAGAAAGUAGAAGCUUCGAUGGACGUUGAGGGGGAAAAUCAUGAGUCUGAUGUUGGUGAUGUGGAGAUGUCUUCACCAAGUGAAGAGGAGUAUGAACCGCCCCCUCGAGGCUCAAAUCGGAGACGGAGACGUGGUGGUUAAUACUCAUGAGAUAUUGUAUACAAUUAGGUGCAAUGUAAGAUAUAACGUUUCUUC